GGUGUACACCGGAUGUCGUUAGCACACAUUGAAAAGCCUGUGCAGUACCGAAACACAAUCUAACCGCAGCGAAAUGUGUUCCUACUGCGUAUGAAAGAUGCUGCUGGGAACGGUGGCGGGGAAAUAGCUGUCUGCAUACUCCUUAUAUCAUCUGCUAUACCCAAGAGAGGCCCCGGCUAGGUGUUCCUGCUGUGCCUUACCAAAUAGCAGACCAUGAUGGAGCAAAGAAGAGCCUUAACUAUUCCAUUUAAUGUUGACAAGGACAACUUGAUGGAAAACCCACUCAAAAUCUCCAUGCCAUGUCUUUCAUCAGAGUGUGGGCAGUUAGAAAGACAGCAGGUUUCCUGGACUGCAUUCGCAGGUUGUAGACGCCAACAUCGUGAUUCCCAGCAUAAAAAUGGAUCCAGGCUGUUUGAUCACAAGCAUGCAGCCUUGGUUAAAUUGGAAAUGGCCAGGAGGAAGCCCUGUCUGAUCCUGACCAACGUCCUGGAGACCGAACUGGGAAAGGCUUAUAUGGAAAGAAUAAAGCAUCAUGCUUUGGGGAAUCGAGGACAAGCGUCAUUUAUGCGGAGGGAGAGUGGUCGAUGCCGAGAGGAACCCAAAGUCUGCAGAGAAAUGAGGUCCACUCAGAGGGAGACCAAGAAUGACAAAAACAAGAGUGUAUCCCCUAAAAGCAACCAGAAGACCAUUUCAUCUCCUGCUCAAAGGCCAAGACUCAGGAGAAGGUCACAAAAUGUUGGUGACACAGCAGACAUAGAAGAAAACAAAGAUAUCGAGGAGGUGAUAAUAGGAAAGGACAAGGGAGAUGACUACAAAUUUGCUGAAGUUGUAGAUUGUGGGUUGUCAGUGAGCUGGGAGCAUGCCAAGGAUACAGGAACCUGUAAUGAGUUCUCCCCAGCUAGCAUCAAGGACGGGUGGACUGAUCCAGAUAAAGACGUACAACACAGUUUGAAGAGGAAAAUGAAGGACACAGGCUCUCAGUGCAAUGGGACAAGCAGCUCGAAACGCCACCGAGAGAGCGUGCUUCGCCUCACCAGAGAAGAUGGAAGAGAUGGAGGACCACUGCCUGCACAAACUUCUCAAGAAGAAAGUGGAGAAGAUGGAGAUUUGGAAAGCUUGGACCGUACCAUUGUACAGUUCACGGUGGGAGCAGAAGAUCAAGCAGAAGUUCUGGUCCCAAUCAUCAAUCCUGACUUGGAGUCCGAAGAGUUUAUUGGUACCCCCAGACAAAGUCUGUCAUCGAGCCAGGACAACACAACCACAGCCAGCCCCUCUGAACCCAUUGUGCUGUCCAGUGAUGAUGAGGAUGGCGGUGACGUCCCUCGGCGCAGCGGACCAGCGGUCCAAACGCUGGGCACCGUGGAAGACGCAGUAAUGCGGGGACAGUCCUCGCAGGAAGCUGUGGCCAAACAGCAAGAAGCAUCUGCCAUAGAGGACAUGGAGGUGUUGCAUUUAGUUGUAGAUGUUCCUGGUUCAAUGGACGCUUCCUCCAUCCCCAGUAUAGACUGCUCCUUCUUCAGUCUGCACUGUGGAGGUUACCACGGGAAAUCGAAUGGAAACGCUAUGAUAACAGACCACGAAAUCAUCAUCCCACUGACAGACGCUGAUGAAGAGGUGGAGGUGAUAUUAACCGUGGAGCGUAAAGAACUGAGGAAGUACAGCGUGUGGGAGCGGCAGGAACUGGAGGACCGUGAGUUUUACUUUGAGCGCGACGAGGAACCCAACCCUGCUGGCGUCCUUCUGUUGUGUGUGUCAGAAACUGCUGCAUUUGUUGUACAGCGAGAGCUCCUCAAGCUGUGUGUCAAACACGAUGGAAUCACAAACACUGACAUGGCGAGCCCCUUUAUCCUGCUGACUCUGAGGAAUCCUGUGGAGGGAAUGGUGGGGGCUUUGAUACGCUCCCUCCUGGACAUUGACUGCCUCAACUGUCUGGCACAUGAGGAAUCCAUCGACUACGUCGACAGAUUUAGCUGCUUGAAAGACUUCCCGUCUCCCGUUCUUUCUCUGGAUGAUAGCAUAGAGCUGAUUAGAAGGACUGGAUUGGACUGUCACCUGCUGACUCUGCUCGGCCUGGAGAGCACUGACCCUGGGCUUUACUCUGAUGAAGAGGGUCCGUAUUCUGACACAAACAAAAGCACCACACCACACAUUCAGCUGGAGACACAGAAAGAGACAGUGCUGGAGACGGAGACGGAGACGGAGACGGAACAAGACACAGAGACACAACUUGGACCAGAGGAGAGUCCGAAAGAGCAAGAGCCCCAAACGCCCCCUGAGAAAGAAAAGGAGGAGCCUGCGCCUAUAUACACACUGUGCCAUCGUAGAAGCAAAGGGUCCUACUCCACGUCGCUGUGUGUACCAGACUCCAGCUGGACUAAAUACAAACAUCAGGGCCAUGCUCGCAGGUUGAUCCAGUUUCCUCCUCCGCCACAGAAAGGAGGAAUAACCGUCACAAUGGAGGACCUGCAGUGCCUUGACACCGGGCACUUCCUCAAUGACGUAAUCAUUGAUUUUUACCUCAAGUAUCUCCUCCACAAAGCUUCUGAGGCUGUGGCCGAGAGCUCACACAUCUUCAGCAGCUUCUUCUAUAAGCAACUGACAAGGAGGGACAACGCCAGUGAAGGGGUCACCAAUGACUCCAAUCAGAGGCACAGGCGGCACCAGCGGGUGAAGAAUUGGACACGCCAUGUGGACAUCUUCAAAAAGGACUUCCUGUUUGUGCCCGUCAAUCAGGAGGCUCAUUGGUAUUUAGUUGUCAUUUGCUUCCCUGGACUGGAUGAGCCAAAAUCUGAGGCCUGGAGUGGUUGGAACUCAGGAAAGAGCCCGGAUGGGACGGGCAAGUUACAGGAUCAAGAGGUGGCUCAGGGGUCUAAAAGCCCAAAUGAUAACACAGAGACACUACCUUCAUUAAACCACACUGACAGCACGGAUGCAGAGACAGAAAAGGCCCCAGAAGAAUCCACCAAAGACCCACCACCUGGUCCAGUGAACUGCACAGAGCGAACCUGCUCGAAGAAAACUGUUAGCAAGAGACCGUGUAUUCUCAUCAUGGAUUCCCUUAAACGUUCUCCUCAUGAGCGAGUCUUCAAACUCUUACGGGAGUACUUGCAGUCGGAGUGGGAGGUACGGCGUGGUUCAUCGAGGGACUUCAGUCCUGAUCAGAUGCAAAGCUCACACUGCCAAGUUCCCCUUCAGGACAACAGCAGCGACUGCGGCCUCUACCUUCUGCAAUACGUUGAGAGUUUUCUGGAGGACCCUGUGGUGCACUUUGACCUCCCUCUACAGCUACAACGAUGGUUUCCUCGGCAGCAGGUGCGGAGGAAACGAGACGAAAUCAGAGAUCUGGUCCUGCACCUUUACCGACUUCAGAACCUGGAUGGUAACAGAUAAAGCAGCUCUGCUCUUCAGUGCAUCACAUUCCUGUAGCCAUUAUAAAUCACUGCUCAUACUGAGCGACGGACAUUUCAGCGUGAACUGAAAAUAUAUCCUUUGCAUUAGAUGCUGUUAUUGUUUUAUGCAUUGACUCAAGCAACACAUGUAAACCUCUGACUAUCUGUGGGUCCUGUGAGUGAACAUGAAGGCAUCAGUUAAUUUAAAAUAAACAGGUAGAUGUCCAUCCAACCAGAAUGAGUUCUCACUGUAGAUUAUAUCCAGACAUGGAAAUGUUUGUACACCCCAUGACUUUUUACUGAUGGUAUUUAUGCUGCAAGAUAUUUUAUAAAGUCAGUUAUUUGUAUUUAUUUUUUAUGCAUCAUCAUAGGAAAUUGUGUAAAAGUAUAAUCACGGUAAAACCUAGUUCGUUUUAGUUGGGUUUACUUGGCUUUGCAGAUGAUUGUAGACAUUUCAGGUGUGACUUAAUAUUUCAGUCAUAGAAGUAGAAUAAUGUGAUCAUUUGAUUUCAGUCUGGGUCAUGGAUUUUCUGAAGCCUGAUUUAUAGUUGGAUGCUCGACAAUUUUGAGUCACUCAAUAGAAAUUAAACAGUCAAGUGUUGGUCAAUUUGUGCUUUGGGAAAAGGUUUAAAGUCAUCUCCAUGGUAACCAGAGACCUCCAGUGUUUUGUUUUAAUGGUCUGAGUGUAUUUCUAUAGUGUUUAGUAAAGCAUAAUCUGGACAGACAGCUGUUUAAAUCAUACAAAUAUCCCACUGUUUAUGCAUUUUUAACUUAAUAACCAAAUCUGCAUGUAGCAGUCAGCUUCACAAAGACAAACAUUCAGUAAAUAUCUACUGUCAGUCAGCCUGGUGAAGGCAGUUUGACCAGACGCUGUGCUCUCAGCUCCAGAGACGCUGCUGCUGACGGACGGCUGCUUCUUACGCUGAAUGCAGGUUGGAGAUCUGUGUGGAUUAAAAACCACUGUCUCCAUGGCAAAGUUAGGAACACUACAAAUCACAUUAUGCUCCAGGUGUGCGACAUGAAAGGAAAGUGUCGAGCGAUACUUUUCUCUGUCAGAAAUACGUCAUUUCUGUGGAGCAACUCGUCAAACAUGUCAAGCACCUUCCUAUAAAUCAGGCUUAAAACGUGAUUCUGAUCUACAUUUCUUUUUUUGAUUUCAUUUCAUAUUCCCAUGGGAACUAGAAUCCAAACAUCAACCCCUUUUGGAUACAAAGAAAAAAUACACUUUUUCAGUGCCUCAGUGCCUCACUCAGUUAUCCUGUUAGCCUCCCAGAGAGAAAGAAAGACACCUUCUCUAAACAUUAUUAGAGACCUGCAUGUCAACAGGUUUUUAGAUAACUUCAAAUAACCCAGCACUUUGAAAGUCUUAUUUUGAUGUAAAGAAGCAGAUUCCUACAGGCUGCUUCAGCAGUUCCACUGUUGCAUAUUUUGACGUGAUCAACGACAUGAUAGGGCACAUUACUCUGAGUAUAGUUGACUGAAUGUAAACCAGAAUUUUGGUGAAAAUAUCAGUAUCAUUAGCCACGUUAUCUUUUUCUGAAUAAGGUCAAAAACUGGAAUAUUUUAUGCAUGUAUCUAAGUCGCUGAUGUUGCCUGCACAAACUGGCUGGAUUUGACUUAACUGGGAUGUCAGACUCAAAACAGGCUACUGAUUAUUGUUACUCUGGAUGAUAUAACAUAUUCUAAAUUAUAGUUCUUAUAGUCAUGUGGCACUGAAGUUCUUUUUGGUCCCUCCAGAUUGACCAUGUAAACUAAUAGCUUCAGUAUUUAGAUUAAUAAAUAUUUUGGUACAUUAUGUGGGAGAUGGUUCCUCAUCACACAGUCCAAAUAAUUUAAGAGUUUGUGUUGUUUAAUAAAGUACUUUAUUUUAGCAGCAGCAUCUCAGAUUGCUCACAUACAACAUCUAAGAAACUUGAAUCCUUAAUUCAUUAUUUUACCAAUAAUCCAACUUGCAGAAAGGUCGGGGUGCACAGACAUUAGCAUGUGUUUAUAGACCGCUCUCAGAUGUAAAACCUACUUAACUGAGACCUCAGAGACGCUGCAGCCCAUCACUACCGUUGCCUAAAUUCUUCUCAGCAGAGAUCAGUGUUGAUAGUCUUGUAGUAUUUUCCCUGUUUGUUCAGAUGUUUAUACCUCUUUAACACUUUAUGAUGUUAUGUUUUUUUAGACAUUGUGUUGGAUGAAUGUACAGCAGCUGAUUCCAAAAUAUCUUUGGUUUCAAUGGUAUAUUAAAACUUGUAGACCAAA